AUGUUACUGAAAUUAUUAUUAUUACUUUUAAUUUUGCUGCUUUAAAACUAUAUCAGUACUCUGUGCUUAAAUACAUUUUCAUUUGAAAAGGUUUAGAUCUAAUGAUUUAAAUAAUUUUCAAAUACAAAUUCUCUGACAUUCUGGUAUAAUAAAGUUUAUCUUCUUUAUUUAAAGUUACAUUUUAACUUUUCCACACAAGUAUAGUUUUAUUUGACUGACUUGUUUCCAUCUUGUUUUAGGUCUGAGGGAAGAUGAAGGUCUAUCACACUCUGUCUGAGAACAUGUUGACAGUCAACAUGUUACUGAGUGUCUUCUUUCUUUCAGGUGUUUCUGCUGAUCGUUGUGGUGGUUUUACACCUACCUUUUUCAGUACAACACCAAAGUCCAUUGUAGCACUGAGUGGAUCUUGUUUGCAAGUCCCAUGUAGCUUCACAUUUACAAAAGCUGAAAGUGAUUUUGACAGUGGAGGACAAAACUUUGCAGCCUGGAUUCCAAGUAGUCGGAGUAUUUUUUACAUCAGUCAGGGAUUUAAUAACGAUCAAAUAAAUAUUACUAGAAACAUAAAACAGAGAAACUGCACCACUGUGUUUUCUGAUAUAAAGUCGACACAAGAAACUGAAUACUUCCUCAGAAUUGAGAAUAGUAAAUUCAAGGCAACAGCUUGUUCUACUCCUCUUCAGUUUACAGUUCAAGAUUAUCCAGAGAAACCCAGAAUUGAACCUGAUCUGAAAGAUCUGAAGGAGCAUCAGUCUGUCACUGUAACCUGCUCAGCUUUCACUCCCUGUCCACACUCACCUCCUGAACUCACCUGGAAUCUCCAACAAGACUCUCUCAGACAAACAGAGAAAAACACAGAUGGAACCUUUACAACUAAAAUCCAGGAGAACAUCACUCUGUCAGACACACAUGAUGGAUACAACAUCAGAUGUUCUGCCAGAUAUCCUGUGAUUGGAGGAAACAAGACAGCAGAGACAGAAGUGACUCUCAGUGUUUCCUAUGCUCCUAGAAACACCUCAGCAUCCAUCAGUCCAUCAGGUUUGGUGUCAGCAGGUAGCUGGGUGGAGCUGAACUGCUCCAGCAGAACCAAACCUCCACCCAGAUUCACCUGGUUCAAGAAUAGUGAACAUAGAGAAGUAAAAAUAUCUGUGGGGAAAGUUUACAACUUCAGCGUUACUGAGAACGGAGAAUAUUACUGCGUGGCUUCAAAUAAUCUGGGGAAUCAGACAUCAUCAGUGAUUCUUCUUAAUAUUGAAGUGUCUAGAGUUUUCAUCUACUUCACGAUGACGAUCGUGGGAUUGGUGAUGCUCUGUGGAUCCGUCAUCAUCUUUGAGUGCUGGCUUAGAUUCUGCAAGAAACCACCGGAGGACACAAAAGAAGCAGAGUGACGGAGGCACAGGCAUCAUGAAAAUAAAGAUGUAAGCUUCACUCUGCAGUGGAGAAUUUCUCCUUCCCUACUCUGUCACAUACCUCUAUUACUUGUAAUGCUUUCUUUCAAACAUUCAGCCAUGCAGGCAAAUAUUUGAGCUAUAUUUUUGUUCAAAGUAAGGAAAUUAUAAUAUCUGCUAUGUUUUGAGCGUUGCUUUCGCUGCAUAAAAAUCAAUGCAAAAUAAACAGAAGAUAGAAAAGCCAACUGAUUAUGUCAUCCAGAUCAUGUUACUGUGAAAUAUCAUCUCUGUGUUUGUCGACCAGUAACAGUCUUCAGUCAGAGGUUUCUUAUUGCUGCUGGAGAUGUUUCCUGCUCACAGAAACUGCAACAACUCUUUCAAGUUUCUUGUGUAUUGUGAGUUUGUGUAAAGUUUAAUUACCACUUAAGCAUCAUUUAAAAGACAGUACUAUUUUGAUCUUGUGAAUUUGUAAAUCCAUGUUACAUUUCUAUUUCUGUAACAGAAAUAAAUAUUCUCUAAAAACUG